UGAAGCCCCUUCUACUCUUGCUAUUGAUACUAUCUCUUCUACGAUAACAUCAAUUUCAACCACACUCCCUCAAACGACAUCAAAGGCAACAACGAGUAUCACAUCUACUUCCACUCCAACUGUUACAAGUCCCUCUGAGGCAACCAUAAUUAAAGCAAUUGUAGCUUUGACCACUGAAGCGGUUUCUACUGUGUCUAUUGAUACAACCUCUUCUAUGUUAACUUACAACCCUUCAACGUCGACUGAAUCAGCUUCCAUUCCAGUCACAUUCUCCACAACGUCGACUGAAUCAGCUUCCAUUCAAGUCACAUUCCCCACAACGCCGACUGAAUCAGCUUCCUUUCCAGUCACAUUCCCCACAACGCCGACUGAAUCAGCUUCCAUUCCAGUCACAUUCCCCACAACGUCGACUGAAUUAGCUUCCAUAUCAGUCACAUUCCCUCAAACUACAUCAAUGGUAACAACUAGUACUACAACUACUGCGUCUCCAACUGUAAAAAUUCCUAUUGAGACAGCUUCCGUUUUAGUAACACUCCCACACACGACAUCCGAGACAACAGCAACAACUAAUACCACAACUAUUUUGUCUCCAUCUGUGACAGCUCCGACUGAGGCAGGUUCCAUUCCAACCACCCUCGCUCAAACGACUUCAAUGGCAACAAAAAGUACCACAACCGCUAUGUCUCCAAAUGUAACAAUUCCUACUAAGACAGCUACAAUUCAAACAACGUACACUGAAAUGACCUCUCAUGCUACAGAUUGUGCACAAAUGGUCAACCUACCAGUGACAUGUCACGCAGUCAGAAUUUGCAUCUUCAUUGUUGUGUGUCAUCAUCUUGUCAAAAUGAAUCUUUAAAAAAACAGUACUUGUCUACUCAUAUUCAUGUCGAUUUUAAGAGUUUCUAAAUUAUAUAUAGUACGCAUGUACCAUUUGAAAAAAAGUUUAUUCUUGUAGUAUUUAUUUGUUCUUGAAUUUUAAAAUCUCUAUCACUUUUAAAUAAUUAUUAUCAGCACGCUAUAGAAUAUUAUUAUUAUAUUAAUAAUUUUUUACGAUCAAAAUUAGCCUUCAUGACCUUACAUGGUUCAAAACUGUUGCCUGAUACAUAGACUGACAAUUACCUUCAUUUUAUAUGAAAGUUCAUUUGAAAUGGUUGUUAGUAUAAAAUAUGAAUUUCAUUCUUUCAUAGUUUAUGAAGUAUUUAUUUAAAGUGCGACUGUAUAAGAGGCUACAGGCUUACAGAUAGACGCACCCUCUGUUGAAUCCGAUCCUAGAAUCAAUCUCAACUUUUACUGUCAACGGAAAACGAACUGACACUAAAGAAAAGCAACUUUUUGUGUUUAACAUUAUUGAAUUAAGAAAUCCGAUCUUCGAGUAUUUAGAAUAUUUUAAUUACUAUUUUCCUCACACACUAUGUUGAAUGUUUGACAGGAACUGCUUUUAUUUCUUUUUAUUUUUGUGUAUGCUUUCUUUGUGGUUUGUACAUGUAUUGAAACAUGUUAUUUGAUAUUUGAACAACCCGCACGGGUAGACUGAUCUAUACAUGUUGAAAAUGUACUGUAUAAAACUCAUGGUUUCUUGUAACUUGUUGUUUAACCAGACAGCCUUUGCCAGCCUUUAAAACUGUGCAAUCUGACAAGACUCGAUCUAUACUGUUGACUGAAUAGGUUUUCAUCUUGAUGUCUCAAAAUUGAUAAUGAAUAAUUGCAUAUAUGAAAACUGUACACGACUAUAAUCAU